GGGGCGGCGCGGAGGCCAUCUUGGCGCGGGACGCGCGCUGCUCGGGUCUUCCUCGUCCUCAGCAAGGCGGAUCUCUACGCCGGACACCCGACCCGGACCCCGACCCGAGUGUGCAGCUUCCGCGUAGGCGCUCGUUCGGACCCAGAGCACUGUAACUGAGGAAAAAUGAUGGAAGAAAGUGGAAUAGAGACAACCCCACCUGGAACCCCUCCCCUGAACCCUGCAGGCCUGGCUGCCGCUGCCAUGCCCUCCACCGAGGUUCACUUAGCUGCAACCAGUUCCUUCUCAUCUCCCAGUGUGUCCGGGAUGGAGUCCUUGCCACCACAUGCGUACUCCACACCUCAGCCAUCCCUGCCCCCUGUGCAGCCGUCAGCACCACCCCCUUUUGUGCCGCUGUCUCCAGCUCCUUCGGUUCCCCUGAGUGUCCCUUCAAUGCCACCCUCAGUGUCUUCAUCACCUGCCACUGCCUUCAGCAGCCCCCCUUUACCCCACUUCCCGCCUGCCACUUCCGCCUCAGGUGCUCUUUUAUCUGCUGCACCACCUUCAGGACCUCCUAUAUCGGGAUUUUCUGUUGGUGCAGCUUACGAUAUCACGAGGGGCCAUGCCGGGAGAGCACCCCAGACACCUUUGAUGCCAUCAUUUUCUGCACCUCCAGUCACAGGUAUUUUGCCAGGCCCCAUCACUCAGCAAGCCAGUAUGACACCAUUGGCACAGGGACCUGGAACCACGUCAGCCAUUACUUUCCCAGAGGAACAGGAUGAUCCUAGAAUUACUAGAGGCCAGGAUGAUGCACCUGCUGGUGGGAUCUGGGGUUUCAUCAAGGGCGUGGCUGGGAAUCCUAUGGUGAGAUCUGUGCUUGACAAGACCAAACAUUCGGUGGAGAGCAUGAUUACGACGCUGGACCCCGGCAUGGCUCCGUACAUCAAAUCUGGAGGUGAACUGGAUAUUGUCGUAACCUCUAAUAAAGAAGUGAAAGUGGCUGCUGUCCGAGAUGCUUUCCAGGAGGUCUUUGGCCUAGCUGUGGUUGUGGGGGAAGCUGGACAGUCCAAUAUUGCCCCACAGCCAGUAGGCUAUGCAGCAGGAUUAAAGGGUGCCCAGGAACGCAUAGAUAGCCUGCGGAGGUCUGGCACUAUCCAUGAAAAACAGACUGCUGUGUCAGUAGAAAACUUCAUCGCUGAGCUGCUGCCCGACAAAUGGUUUGACAUCGGCUGCUUGGUGGUUGAAGACCCUGUGCAUGGCAUCCGCUUGGAAGCCUUUACUCAGGCCACACCGGUGCCUUUGGAAUUUGUGCAGCAGGCACAAAGCCUGACUCCCCAGGACUACAAUCUGAGGUGGUCAGGCCUUUUGGUGACAGUGGGUGAAGUCCUGGAAAAAAGCUUGCUAAAUGUCAGCCGGACUGAUUGGCACCUCGCUUUCACCGGCAUGUCUCGACGACAGAUGAUCUACAGCACAGCCAAGGCGGUGGCGGGCAUGUACAAGCAGCGCCUGCCACCCAGGCCCAUGUGAGACCUGCUGUCACCUUUUGCUCUGUGUUAGAGGAGACUGGAUAGCUUCAGAGAAUCCAAUAGCUUUUACAAUUUUCCUAAUAAUCUGCAGUCCUUUUAAAAGGUUUUUUUUUUUUUUUUUUUUUUUUUUUUUUAAAUAAAGGCACAGUGUCAUUCCAGUAAAACAAAAGAAGUAGGUCUUCUUUUUACUGUCAUGAUUAUGAUUUCAUACAUUCUGGUUCUAAAGAAAUACACAAUAUUUACAGCAUAAUUCAGUAGUCCA